GAUUCAAAGUACAAACAAGUAUCGGAUGAGAGGUCUUCUCUUCUUUCCCUGUCACUGGUAAUUUCACGGUCUGAGCUGAUGUCUCAGGUGUGCCGAAGCCACUGCCACGCUCACGAAGGAGAGGGAAGGAAGAAAGGAACAAACUAGUGUUCAUAAGCGAAUCCACACGCUGUUCGAGAACGAAAAGUUUCCCUUUUAUGUGCAGGCGCUUGCUGAUCUAGCGAGACGACUGCUGUAGCGAAGUUGCCAAUUUUUUAGCGAGGUGGCAGAUGUCAGUCGACAGUGUGCUUCAGGAGUCGCAUGGUACGACGGCACAGGAAGCAGCGAGCGGGGCGGGGCUCCAGGAAUCCAGCAGUUGGAACUGGAGAAGGGAUUAGUUUAAGGCUUCGUAUAUAAACGGAAGUGGAUCUGCUGCCUAAUCUUGCUUGAAUGCCAUUGGCAUGACAAAAGCCCCACCACACGCCAUUGGAGAUUCAUAUUGCACUCUAUCCUCCGAGCUGGGAGCUUGGAGCUGGUGGAGGUAGAAACACGACACCGCGUCCCCAUCACGCCUCUCCUUUUCCUUUGUGGAAAUCUCUGGGGAUCUAUUCUCAUUAGAUGCAUGCGAAGCUGAACCAUCAUUUGCUAGCUCGAAUCUUUGUGAGAUCUGAAAUCCAUUGAAGGAUGAUGAGGCCGAAACAGGAUAUCUCGCAACCAAAGAUGGCAAAUGGCUCAUCUGAUUUCUUCUCUAUACCUGACGAUGAAUUCUCUGAGCUAGUGUGGGAGAAUGGCCAGAUUGUGAUGCAGUGCAAGUCCAGUAGGCCUAGGAAGAGCUCCUUUCCAAGUGCCUUCUCCCAGUAUGGUGGGCUUCAAGAGAAGGAUAGUAGGGGAAGUGCCAGUUCAAAAGUUGCUCAUUUUAGUGAAGUAGAUCGGGCAGUAGAUGAUUUUGCUCCUUCAGGGCAUUCCGGAGUGAGUGCCCGUGGUGGUGAUGAUGACGAUAUGGUUCCGUGGAUCAAUUAUCCGAUCGAUGAAGUUUUGGCAAGCGAGACUCUCGAGAACGAUUAUUGUGCUGAGUUCAUGAACGAGUUCACAGCAUUCGAUCUGAACCCUGUUUCAGCUCACAGGAAUACGGUUGCAGCCAGUCGAUGUGCCAGCUCAGGUGUGGACGUUAGAAACUCGGGCAACGUGGAAAAUCAGCAUGCUUCCAAGGCACCGGUAGGGUGUUCAGAGUCAGCAAGAACCAGGACCGGCCACUUGUUUCAGCUGCCACAGCAGUGCCAGAGUUCAGUUCCGAAUUCGAAGUCAACAGUGGUCGACAAUGGUGCUAGCGGUAGUAAUGUAGCUCAAGAAGAAGAUCGUUGUGGCGAUAUGGUGGACAGAAGGUUGCAGAAUCAGGGUGUUGCGAGUUCCAAGCAGCAGCAGCCAAACAGUACAGCGAGUCUGAUGAACUUCUCCCAUUUCGCAAGACCUGCUGCACUUGCCAAGGUUAGUCUCCAGAAUGUUGGUGGAUUGAGAAGCACUGAGAAGGUCAACAAUGUCUCAAGAAGCAAUCCUAUCACCUCAGCACCGAUCGCAAGCACUAAUGGUGUUAAGGAUAUUAGCAGGGUGUCGAAGCUUUCAGCCUUGGAUUCACAUAAGCUGGACCUGGGACCAGUCAUGAAGGCUCUACGAGAAGGAGGCUUGGUUGCACAGCCGGAUGCAAUUUGUCUAGAUAUAGCUUCGAAGAACAACAACAAAACUGAUGAAUGUACCAAACUGCCUGAUAAUGUCCCAAGCUCAAGCUUGGCAGCAAGUAUGGCCUUGUGUAGGAAUGACACUCGAAAGGAUCCUGAUGCAGUUGUGGCUUCUUCUUCCAUUUGCUCACGAAAUCUUACUGGAGCAGCAUCUAAUGAACCUAGACACAUGGAGAAGAGAAAAGAAUAUGAAGGAGACGAAUCGGAUUACCACAGUGAUGAUCUCCAAGAUGAGUCAGUGGGCACAAGGAGACCAGCAAAUGGACGGGUUGCAAGAACAAAGAGAAGUCGUGCUGCAGAAGUUCAUAAUUUAUCAGAAAGGAGGCGGAGGAACAGGAUAAAUGAGAAAAUGCGUGCACUGCAAGAGCUUAUACCCAAUUGUAAUAAGGUGGACAAAGCUUCGAUGCUCGAAGAGGCCAUCGAGUAUCUUAAAACACUCCAGCUGCAAGUUCAGAUAAUGUCGAUGGGAAAUGGGUUAUAUAUGCCACCAAUGAUGUUUCCUCUUGCAAUGCCACAUAUUCGUGCACCAACCAUGGCUCCUUUCCCACCAGUAGGUGUAGGAAUGGGUGCAGGCAUUGGGGUAGCCCCAGGCUGUCCGAUGAUCCGAAUUCCACCAGUGCAUGCACCACAAUUCCCUUGCACUCCAAAUUCAGGGCAGUUGAACUUGAGAGGGAUGCCUGGACCUGUAAGCCCUCAGAUGUACGGAAUCCAAGGACACGGAAUCCCGGUUGUAAUACCAGGGCCACCACCAUUUGGCACACUGCCUGGGUUUUCCAUGAACUCUGUGGCCGAUCAGGUACCAGGAACCAUGGCUGUUGUGGCACACCCAGAUCCUGCUACUACAGGUACUGGAGAUCAGCAGCAACGGAACUCGAAUGUAGAGCCGAGAACAAGUACAGAAGAACCACAAAUUCAGGCAUCCACUGAGGCUACAAAAGAAUGCUUUUGAUGAUCUGAAUUGGCAUAGAGGAGUGGCCGAACACCAUGUGCCUGUCGUUGACGAUCCAACCGCGUCACGGCGUACGGGAUUGUAAAUACCUUUAAGAAAUUUUGAACAAAUACCCAAAACUGAAUGAUUUAUGAACAUACAUCUAGUUUUUGAAGCUGUGGUUGACAGGUUUCAGUAAUUAGCCAGUUGAGAUUUCUGAUGGAAUGUUGGUGCGUAAAAUGUGCAAGUUCUUACACAUCAAAGAGCUGAUCCGUGAUUAGUCUGACCAUGUGACACUCGCAGUUAAUAGAUGUAUGCAAGAAAUAACUUUCGUGUACCGAAAAGUCUUUUUCUUUUUUUGUGACCUUCAAGUAUUUCUUGUGUAAAUAAAUGACUGCAUUAUUUAUCUGGUAGCAGUAACUUAUUUUUUCGGUCUCA